UCGAAAUUGGAGGAGUCCAAAUUCGUCACUUUGAACUCCGGGGAGAUGAGCGAUGUGAAUCUGGUGAUGAAGGAUCGUCGCCAUAAGAUUGCCAGAAUUUGCGACGAAGAUCUAAAGGCCAUUGGUGUGGGCAUGUCCAUCAAUGCCAAGUUCAUGAUUUAUGACAAAAGCCACAAGCUUGCCUAUUGUGCCAUCCCCAAAGUUGCCAGUUCCAGUUGGACUCAUAACUUCCUCAUUAUGGGUGGCCUCUCACCCUUGAAGUUUAGUCAUCGUGCUGCUCCCAAACGUCUUCCGUUCCCGCUAGAUAUGAGCCCGGUCACUUUUGCUCAAGAUGUGACAUCCAUGCUGAUCGUUCGACAUCCGUUUUCCCGACUGGCCUCCGCCUAUUAUGACAAGCUUAUUCGGUUGGGACGAAAGUCUUGGCAGAUGGUCAGAUUGUUCAUUAUUUGGAAAUUUCGCCUUCAACCUCCCAAAAGGCACUUUGAAUCGUGGAUGGCUGACCAAUUGAUGCAGGAACACGAACGGGCAGUGAGAAAUGGAAGCAUCGCCAAUUUUGGUUCAAAUGAUCCCACUAACGCAACCCCAGAGGAGUUUGCCCAGUAUAUUUUAUUCAUGAAAAGCAGACCUAUGGACAUUCACUUCCGGCCUCAACACAAAAUUUGCCCUAUAUGCGCCUACAAUUUUACGGCGUAUUGCCAUUUGGAGCACCUUCAUCGAGACACGAGUUACUUUCUUCAGAAGGCGAACGUGUCCCAAUUACUUCAAACUCGAAUCCAUUUGAACUCGAGGGCCUUUUCGAGCCAGAGCAGCAAGAGACAAUCCGAGGCGGAUUUCUGGUCCCAAAUCAAACCCAAGACUCAAGAAGAGCUCUACAAGUUGUACUAUUAUGACUUUCAGCUCUUUGGAUACUCGCUCUCGGAUUACAUGACUGAUAUCGGAUUAAAGUCAAGUUAA